UAAGUCCGAUAAGUACCAUGCACAGAAAUGUGUAUACAAAGAUUCUAAGAUUUCAUUUUUUAUGAGUGAUAACGCAAAAGUGUUUUGUUCGAGACCGUUUUAUUGACAGCGUAAAGGCAAGCUUCAACCACAGCAAUUGCAAAAUGUCCUGCAUAUUAUAGUUUUUCCUGCUGCGGCUGCUGGAGGAGGCUCUGCUCUAAAUCGGUAACAGCCCUGCCUUUCCACAUCCAUCCCCUUGUGUAACAGCCCUGCCUCUAUUUGCUCUGCUGCUGCUCCUGGCUAGUGCAAAAGCCAAAAUAAAAAGGAUGAAGUUUUAGCUAAUCGCGGACAGUUGUGCUCGGUGGAUAGGCAGCUCGGCGACGCGGCUUGUCGUUCAAUAGGAAAAGUUGAAAAGCACUCGACGCGUCAUGACCCUGGAAACGCAGCCCGUUGGUGGCCUGGGCGAUGGCAAAAUCGCCGGACUGUACGAUCUGGAGGAGACACUCGGCUCGGGCCACUUUGCCGUUGUGAAGCUGGCACGUCACGUGUUCACCGGGGCAAAGGUGGCGGUGAAAGUCGUUGAUAAAACAAAGCUGGACGAGGUCUCUAAGGCUCAUCUGUUCCAGGAAGUGCGCUGCAUGAAGCUGGUACAGCAUCCGAAUGUGGUGCGAUUGUACGAAGUUAUUGACACACAAACCAAGCUGUACCUGGUGCUGGAGCUGGGCGACGGGGGAGAUUUGUACGAUUACAUAAUGAAGCAUGAAGCCGGACUCAGUGAGGAGCUGGCGCGAAAGUAUUUCCGUCAAAUCCUACGUGCGAUCACGUACUGUCAUCAGCUCCACGUUGUGCACCGGGACUUGAAGCCUGAGAAUGUGGUGUUUUUCGAGAAGCUCGGCCUCGUCAAGCUCACCGACUUUGGGUUCAGCAACAAAUUCUCGCCCGGCCAAAAGCUGGAAACCUUCUGCGGCAGCCUGGCCUAUUCGGCUCCGGAAAUCUUGCUGGGCGAUUCUUACGAUGCGCCUGCAGUGGAUAUUUGGUCGCUUGGCGUCAUUCUGUACAUGUUGGUGGUCGGACAGGCGCCAUUCGAGAAGGCCAACGACUCGGAGACUCUGACCAUGAUCAUGGAUUGCAAGUACACUGUGCCCGCGCACGUUUCGGCAGAAUGCCGCACGCUGAUUGGUUCGAUGCUGGUGCGGGAUCCCAAGAAGCGAGCUACUGUGGAGGAGUUGGCCUCGUCAGACUGGCUGAAGCCAAUCGACGAGCCGGACUCGACAUCCACUGAGCACUUUCUGCCUUUGGUCAGCCGCGAGCAGCUCAGUGAGGAGGAUCAUGCCUUUAUCAUACAGAAAAUGAUCAAUGGAAAUAUUGCGUCCAAGGAGGAGAUAGUGCAAGCUCUCGACAAGAAUAAGUACAAUCAUAUAACGGCCACAUACUUUCUGCUGGCCGAAAUACGGCUGCGAAGGCGGCGAGAGGAGCAGGCACAGAAGCAGAAGCUUCUCAAUGAGGCAAGCAUGAAAGCGGGGGAUGCGAACCGCAAGCCAGUAGCUGAGAAACCCAGUCCCACAGAAGCCCCCAAGGUGGUGCCCAUCAGCAUUAACGUGACACCCGCAGCCCAAGUAGCAAACGACGGCGGCAAGCCCGACAAGCGGAGUCGCAAGUGCAGUAUUGUGCGAGAGGAAGACGAGGAAGAGUCUGCCAGCGAGGGUUCGGUGGUUGGAAAUGAGCUAAAGGUGACCUCAUCGCGGCUGGAGUCUACAUCUGAGGGACUCCUCCAUCGGGCGGUGCAGGAGCGUACGAGCAACCUCCCCACUGUUCCUGCCGCCGUGGGAGUGCCUAGAAAUUCACGCACAAAGAUUGUCGUAUCCGUAGAUGCUACGUUGGCUCAGAAGCUCAAGCAAAUGGAGAAAAGUGCCAAGAUAGACGAAGACACCCUGAGAGGCCUGAAGGAGCUGGAGAUUGGCAAGUUGAAGCCCCUGCCAAGCAGCAGCAAGAAUCCGGUGCUCAGUCACCGUCGCACAAAACUCAACAAAGGCACCCCGUCGUGCAGCAGCUCGGAGGCCUCGGACGAUGACACAAAAACGCGAAACAAGAAGAAGAUCAACAAGUUUGUGGGCGACACUCCCACACGGUUUCGCAUGCACCGGCGGGACUCACACGACGACUCCAGCGACUCGCAGGAUCAACUCUAUCCGCCGCCUGGUUCGGCCAGCAGUGCGGCAAAUUUCAUCUCGAAAAGCAGUGGCGUAAGCGGCAAGAAGGAAGAACAAGGACAAUGCAAGGAGCCCAAUAAAUCUGAAGAAACACGCAAAUCUCACACACAGAAGAAUAGAAAACAGCCGAAGGAUCAUGUGGACAAGCAUUCCCAAGCUGAGAAGCAGCAAUCGGUGGUAAUGGAGGGCUCAACAGGCACAUCAUCCACCAGGAGGCGGCGCAUGCGCGAGAGCCAGUCGCUGGAUCGCAUCACAGAGGCUCAGGAAUACGAGAUGCGUCACCGCAGCUACGUCGACGGCGAGGCGGUGUCCUCAUCAACACAGCAUAUCGAUCAAAGAUAUUCACAAUCCACAUUAAUCACCAGCACAUUCUCCGUUGCCGAAACAAAAGAAGAGUACUAUGAGGAUGAGGAGCCCGAGACGAAGCCCAAGCUGCCAGUUGCUGCAGCGGACCCACAUGAUGCCAAGGACCAAAUCAUGAACACAUUGAACGCAGCCAAAGCUACGCUUCAACAAGAGCAAUAUUUUAAUAAUAACACCAAUCUUAGUAGGAACUUGAACCACAACAACAAUAACAACAACAACCACAAUAGCCAGAGCAAUAGCAAAAGCAACAAAAAGAAAUCCAACGAAACACCAAAAGAUAUUUAUAAUCUGAAUUCAAUCGAGGAGAUCGAUCUGAUUUUGGAGGAUAAAAGCCUUACCAAAGCAAUACAUGUUACCGGCUCUAAAUGCUUUGUGACCAUGAAGAAAAUUCGGCGGCUGGGAAAGUAUUUUCCCGUUGUGAAUUUCUCUUAAUAGAUGCGGAAACGGAAACAGAAACAUAAAUAGAAACAAAUAGUUAAGCGAAAUAUAUUACGUAGCAAAUAUGCAUGUGUAUUAAUUGAAAAAGUAAAGUUAUCCCAAUACGAUAUACAUAUAUUAGAAAUAUGCGAGAAUACAUAUAUAUAUAUAAAUUUAGUGGUAGCGUAAUUGUUUUGUCUGUCGUCAUAUUACGCUUAGAAGCUAUUAAAUCAUUCUAAU